CAUGACUAAAUAAAUAGGUAUGAUCACAAAAAAUUAGUUUUCGUUCAGUUGGCGCAUCUCCCACUAUUCUAAACACAAAACCAUUGCUCGUAGUUCUCCGCAUUUCAUUGGCCGGCAAUAUUAUUGCCGCCAAAAUAUAAAUCUUCAUUAUAUUUUAUUAUCGUAAUUAAUGAUAAUGUAACAAUUAUUGAAAGUUUAUUUGUAAAUUGUUUCGAUUUCGUUUUACAUUUUUUCAACACAAUUUUAAAAUGCCGAAGUGUGUAUUCGAAGGUUGUUCUAGUGGCUGUAGGAAAAAAGGAGUUUUCUUGAACAAAACAAUAGUGUUGCAUAGAUUCCCCAAAGAUGAUGAAAUGAGGUUGUUGUGGCAAAAACAAAUUAACAAAGAUAAAAUCAAUUUUGAUUCUGCUGUAGUUUGCUCAUUACAUUUCAAACCGUAUCAUUAUAAUCUUUCAAAAAAACAUUCUACCAAUAAAAACUAUGCUCGUUUACUUAAAGAUGAUGCAAUACCUUUGAAUUCUUAUGGAGUAGAUUUCUAUGACUUGCCUAUACGCAGAACAUUUACUCCUGGUACUCCUGUUUCGACAGAAUUAUGGACUCCAGCUGGAAGGUUUUCUGUAGAAAUUUUGCCUGCUGAAAACAUAUCAGAAACAUCAAAAAAAUGCUGUGUUAGAUUAUUUAAUGAUGAACAUGAUUUAGGUCUGGGUGUUAAGCCUCUUACAAGUGAUGAUGAUUUGAUUUUAAGCCUAAGAUGGUACAUAUUAGGCAAGCAUUCCAAUAUUAUAUUCACUGAAAACACUAAUACACAAUGUAGUAUGGAAGAUAAAUUGUUGGGUGAAAAUGAUUGUUUUACUGCCCAAAUAUUAUUAUCAUCUUUUAAUGAUUCUUCCAUUCAUGCUAACAACGAAGCCAACAUUGAAGGGAAUGUAAUUACUGUUCCAGAAUCUGAUUUUCAGCUACUAAAACAAUUUGAAAUUGAUACUGAAAAUUGUGAAAAACCAGUAUUCAAUGAUAUUGAAGAAGGGUGUGCUCAAUACGUUGCUGGUUAUGUUGCAAAUCGAUACUCAAAUAAAUAUCCCUAUUUAUCAAAAAUAAAUUGUAAUGAUACAAAUAACUGGACAACCUACAUUUCUAAAGGGCAUUUGACAAUACCAUCAGAAAAUCUUUUUAAAGCUGUUUUGCAAAUAGAACGUGAAUUUAAAAUACUACACGGUGAAAGUUUAUCAAAAUCCCCAUAUGUUUUUAAAACAUUAUAUGAGAUCACAAAACCGAAAAUUGAGAAACUUAAUGUACCUGAUGAAGUAUUACACUGCCUUAUUAGAACACGAACAUAUAUCAGAUUAAAUAAUUUAAAUAAACAAUUAAUCACAAAACAACAAAAACAAUCAGACAAACUGAAAAAAAUUAAAUUUACAAAUUAAUAAUACUUUAAUAAUUAUGUACACCUAUAUUAACCUAUGUACAUAUGUAAAUAACAAUAAAUAAAAAUAAAAAUUAGUUUAAGUAUUAAUUGUUAUAAGAAUAUGAACUUAAGUCUUAUGAAUUGUAAAUAAUAUUUAAAUACAUUGCAAUUUGUAUUUAGUACUAUAGUAGUAUAGUCUAUAAUAU